AUGCCUUCAGUCAAGAUCAAAACACCCUCCGGCUCCGUCCAAAUCAACUAUACCAUCUCCACACCCACCAACGACAACGCGAAGUCGAUAGACAAGAACCUCCCAACUGUCCUCUUCUUGCACCCUGUGUAUGUUGGUCACGCCAUGUUCCACCACCAAUUCGCGAGCCAGAAAUUGAGACGCUGCAACCUGGUUGGAUUCGAUUGGCGCUGCCACGGGGAGACUAUUGGUGCUGUACCAUCGAAUUUCAGGCGCAAAGAGGCUGCUGACGAUGUUGCCAAGUUCAUGGAGGCUCUGAAACUCCCACAUUGCCAUCUCUUCGGCGUUUCCCUGGGUGCUUGCGUUGCUCUGCAGACCGCGAUCAGCUACCCGGACAAAGUUCUCUCGCUGUUUAUGCUAUCUCCGCUGCCCUUGAUUGAGCCCGAAAUCGUAGGCGCUGGCCGGCAGGAAAUCUACGACUGCUGGGUAGAUGGUUGCAAGGAUCCCAAAAAUAUCGAUCAAGAUGCACUGCUCGAUGCGAUCUUUGGUGCCCUGCAGCUUGGUUUCAACGGAGGGUCAGGCAGCAUGACCACUUCCCUUGUUCAGUAUACCGUUCCUCAGGGCAUGAAGAACUGGUCCUCGCAGCACUUCGAAGAGUUCCAUACGGUCUCAGUUAAGUUCUUCAUCGACCGUAAACCGCACCCGCGCGAGGUACUAUCGACGAUCAAAACCCCCAUCCACCUCGUGCACUGUGGCGGCGACAUCGCCUACCCUAUUCAUUACGCUGAGGAGCUGCGUGACGCCCUCAAGGAUGCCGGAGUCGACGUGCGUUUGUCGCAGGUUGAAGCUGCACCGCACUUUGGAAAUGUUACCCACUCUGAACCUGUUAACGCCUUGUUCCACGACUGGAUUAUGGAGAACACCAGGAAAAUCAACAUCCCUCCCGCGAAACCGACGGUCAAGUCGCCUUUUGAAGCGGCUCUGAUCAAGUGCGGAUACAUUCCAGGAGAGGGCAACGCGUCCGACUCCGAGGACGACUUCUUCCAUUAA